AUGAACACUACUGCCGUAGCGGCCCUAGGAGUACUGGUAGUGUUGCUGCUCUUGGUGUUUAGAUGGAAAUGGAGAUCGGGCAAAGUAGAGGUGGAAAUGGAAUGCCCUCCGUGUGCGCAGGUGACGCUGGUGCACCGCCUCUGUCCCCACCACAACGUGGUGCAGAGCUUCGAGGUGGAACAGAAGGACAGCCUCGACGAACACCUCGAUGUACUGACCAGGAAACUCGCUGAGAGGGAAGGCCGUCUGCGCCUCUCUAAGUCAAAAAUCCGGGAAACUCAGCAUGAGAUUGAGAGUCUGCAUGCAAUUGAUCACGACGUGCGCCAGAAAUACCGAGAAAUCAUGGAGUCUUUGCGCAACGACCUACUUACUAACGAGAGAGAGUGCAAGAGACUGCAGGAACAGAUCGAAUGGGUGUCGAGGCGACGCGCUGAAAUACGAGACGAGGUUCGCCGAGGUCAAAAGCUAUACGGGGAAGCGGCCGCUGAACUGGCCAGUAAUUUGGCAGAACUGCAACGAGGCCGACUGACCGAGCAUAGAGUCACCGAUAAGCCACAGAGACAGCACUCACUGACCUCCCUCAGGCACCGUAAAGAACCCCAACUCCCUAGAGCCUCGCCCGUUCGAUCCAUAGUAAUCAAAUCACCGCCUGAAUCGCCUGAAGCGAACGUAUCGAAUACUGAUACGCCUGCAUACCAAUGA